AGAUUCUGAGCUUAAAUGGAAGCCAUAAAUACAUUUCAUCACUUACCAAAUAGAAAUUUCACCACCAAAUUCAGCCAACUAAAAUCUGCAGCAGUGUGUGGUGUUGACACUGCUUCUCCUCCGCCUUCAAUUCCCAACAUAUUGUCCAACCUUUCUUCCCUCAGUACAGCCAAAGCAAGACAUGCCCAGAUCAUAAAAAUGCCAAAUGAGGAAGAUUUAGACAUCAAGGUGCAGUCUUUGAUCACAUCCUAUUUGGAGCUCCAAGACUUCCACUCUGCAGCCAUGGUGUUCUUCCUUGAUUUGGAGCACAACUACUUGCACUGGAACACUUUCUUGGAGGAUUUCAAGAAUAAAGGUGGAGACCCCACUGAGAUUCUCCAAGUUUCUGCUGAAUUACACAAUAUGGGAGUGGUUUUUGGGAGUGAAAAUCUAAUCAUGCUUCUCAAAAUGUGUGCCAACCUGAGGGAUUCAUGGCUAGGCCUGGAGAUUCAUGUCUGCCUAAUCAAGAGAGGCUUUGAUCAAGAUAUGCAUGCAAAGGCUGCAUUGAUGAACUUCUAUGGGAGCUGUUGGGGCUCGGAUUCAGCCAAAAAGGUGUUCCAUGAAACAUCGGAUCACACAUCUCUGUUGUGGAAUGAAGCUGUUUUGGUGGCUCUGAGGAAUGAGGAAUGGUUUAAGGGUGUCGAUGUCUUUCGACGUAUGCAGUUUUCGUCCACGAAGGUUGACAGCAAUGCUUUCACCAUUACUAGAGUUCUUCAAGCUUGUGGGAAGAUGGGAGCUCUUGAUGAGGGGAAGCAGAUACAUGGAUACAUCCUGAGAAAAGCAAUCGAAUCGAAUUUAUCCAUAUGCAACUCACUCAUCUUUAUGUACUCGAAAAAUGGCAAUGUGGAACAAGCACGAGCUGUAUUUGAUCUAAUGCAAAAUCGAAACCUAUCUACGUGGAACGCAAUCAUCUUCGGUUAUGCAGCACAUGGUCAUCUUGACGAUGCAUGGGAGCUAUUGCGUGAAAUGGAAACUUACAAUAUUAAGCCGGAUAUCGUCACUUGGAACAGCCUUCUAUCUGGGCAUCUUCAUCAUGGAUCAUGCCAAGAAGUGCUCAACAUCUUACAGCAUAUGCAGAAUGGGGGUUUUAAACCAAACAACAGGUCCACUACCGCGGUUCUUCAAGCUGUGAGUGAGCUCCAUUACCUCCCCAUUGGAAAGGAAAUUCAUUGCUAUGUUAUAAGAAAUGGGAUUGAUUCUGAUCUUCAUGUAAUGACUUCAUUGUUAGACAUGUAUGUGAAGAAUGGUGACUUAAAUAGUGCUCGAGCUGUUUUUGAUGGCAUGGUGUGUAGAAACGUCUUUGCUUGGAAUGCGAUGAUUUCUGGAUAUUCAUUCAAGGGGGAUUUUGAGAAAGCUGACAAACUCAUGAAGCUUAUGAAGGGAGAGGGAGUCGAGCCAGAUCUAGUCACAUAUAACAGCAUGGUGUCUGGCUACUCAGUGGCAGGGCGAAUUGAUGAAGCCCUCGACAUGAUGAAGCAAAUUAAGAAUUCUGGGUUAGCUCCCAAUGUGGUGUCAUGGACUGCUCUUAUAUCAGGUAGUUGCCAAAACGGAUACCACAGACAAGCGCUAGACUUUUUUUACCAGAUGCAAGCAGAAGGUGUGAAGCCAAACUCGGCUACUAUUGCAACCUUAUGUAGAGCUUGUGCAGGCUUGUCUCUUCUGCAGAGGGGAAAAGAGGCGCACUGCAUUAGUAUUAGAAAUGAAUAUGUAGAAGACGCGUUUGUGUGUACGUCCCUGAUCGACAUGUAUAGCAAGUGUGGCAGUUUGGAGACUGCUUACCGUGUUUUUCAGGCAGCCGAGAAUAAAACAUUAGCUUCCUGGAACUCCAUGAUGAUGGGAUUCUCUUCGUAUGGCCAUGGGAAGGAAGCGAUCUCUCUGUUCCACAGAAUGCGGGAAGAAAAGAAAAUCCAGCCAGAUCCCAUAACCAUGACAGCUCUGCUCACAGGAUGCAAGCAUUCUGGUUUGAUUGAUGAAGGAUGGAGACUCUUCGACAGCAUGGAGACAGAAUACAGGAUAACUCCAACCAUUCAACACUAUUCCUGCAUGGUGGAUCUUCUUGCAAGGGCAGGAUAUCUUGACGAAGCAUGGGAUUUCAUCAGUCAGAUGCCAGUAGAGCCCGAUUCAACAGUAUGGGGCGCGAUUCUUGGAUCUUGUCGAACCCAUGGCAGCCUCCAGCUGGGAGAGAUUGCUGCAAAGCAACUCUUCAAAUUAGAACCAGAGAAUCCUGCUAACUAUGUGCUGUUGAUGAACAUGUAUACAGCUUCAGAAAGAUGGGAUGAUGUAGACAGGGUCCGAGAUUUGAUGGAACGUCGUUCCCUGAAAAUAGGAAAUGUCUGGAGCUGGAUAGAAAUCAACAACACAGUCCAUGUUUUUUCAGCAUCAGGGAAGCCACAUCAAAGAGAUGGAGAAGUCUAUUUUGAACUGUAUCAUCUAGUAUCUGAAAUCAAGAGCAUGGGAUACUUACCAGACACCAAAUGUGUGCAUCUGAACACUGACGACGAGAGGGAGAAGGAGAAGGCACUGCUUUCUCAUACAGAGAAAAGAGCAAUCACAUUCGGCCUGAUCCAAACAAAGACCAAUACACCAGUCAGGGUGAUCAAGAAUACAACAAUUUGUGCAGACUGCCACACCUUUGCCGAAUACACUUCCCUGUUAAGAAAGCGCGAGAUCAUCCUCAAAGAUGGCAUACGGUUUCACCAUUUUAAAGAAGGCAAGUGUUCCUGCAGAGGGUUGUUGCGAUGAAACCUUGUAAAUUGUUAACUGAAACGAGCAAGAGACAAUGAGUUGUUGCGAUGAAACCUUGUAAAUUGUUAACUGGAACAAGCAUGACAAUUGUCCCUGUACAUACCAAGAGGUGGAGAUUACAGCUGUGAAUAUACAAAAUUCUUUGUAUCA